AUGUCGGACCCCUUCAAGGUCCGUUCUUUGGCACCUGCAUCGAGCUCAAAUGGCCGAACAUUGCUGGAGAACUGUGCUUUGAAAACAAUUCCAACUCGCCGUAACGCGUCCAUGUCAUGUUCAGCAUGCAAGCUUCGCAAAGCAAAGUGUCAGGGCGGAACUCCAUGCGGAAACUGCGUGAAGCAUCAGACGGAAUGUCGGAGAGAGGAAGACAAAGAUGGUCGCCGACAGACAUCCCUGAAGCGAAAACUUAUCGAGCUUGAACAGGACCGCACUCUUCUCGUGCGCCUACUCGAGACCAUUCGCGAUGAUGAGGAUGUCAACGUCACGCAGCUUCUCAAUCUUAUUCGCAGCAAUGCUCCGCCGGAUGAGAUUCGACCGUCAGUCGGAGAGGGUUUGGAGAGUCUUCCGAAGUCGAGACGCAGAAUCAGCCCGGAUACUGGCCGGAUGGCAGCUGAGGACAUUUCGUCAGAGCAUGAGACUAUUCGACCGCGGCCUCGCCGCAAGGUAAUGACAAUAAGAAGUCUCUGCGACUUCCCCAUAGUCAAUGUGCCGGCAAAGCCUUGGACAUCGGUUACUGAUCGCGAUGAUCUUGUCUCCCACCUCAUGUCACUGUGGCUUACCUGGUAUCACCCCGGUAGGGACUGUAUGGAUCGCGAUCUCUUCAUCAGGGACAUGCAGUCGAAAGAAAUUAACUCCAGAUUCUGCUCUCCGUUCCUGGUCAACAUCAUACUCGCCGAAGCAUGCUUCUACUCCGACGAUCCUGAAUGUUGGGCGAUUCCCGGCGACCCGACAUCGAAGGGAUUGCAUUUCUUCAACGAGGCCAAAAUGCACCUCGAUAAAGAGAGCAACAAGGCCACUCUGACCACUGUCCAGGGCCUUUUCUCAAUGUUCAUGUACAACUCCGUGAUAGGUAAUGACAGGCUGGGGUAUCAGUACAUGAUUCAGGCCGCAAUGAGCGCAGAAGAGCUUGCACAUUCCAGAGCUCGAAUAGUGGAGACGGCUGGGGAAGCCGCCCCAGAACUGACCGAAGCAAUCAAACACGCGCUUCAAGGAGCUUUCAAUAUUGUGUCUGUUUCCUCGCUUGCGCUCCAGAAACCUAUACCGAUGAGGGUCCUCGAACCAAUGCCUUCAGAACCUUGCAACCCAAAGGAGAAUGACCAGUGGACGCUGUAUCCUCAUCGAGGACAUCAAUUUCCGGCACAUACAAAGUGCUUACUCUCUUCAUUGACAGAGUUUAGCGGCAUCGUUGCAGAAGCAUCGACAUUUCUAUAUGGUGAUGAAAAGCCUCCUCUCAGCGAUCUGGAAGAGGCAGUCAAUCUCACAUCUGCGAAAAUCAUGCGCUACCAUUCUGUCAUGAUCUUGAUGUUUGGCAUUCUAAAGAACGCCGGCUCCGGUAUCGAAUCGGCCACUGCGGUUGUGGCGCACGCAAAGCAGAAACGUAUAAAAUCUGCUCAGGCCGUCGCUGAUCUGGUGAGAAUGCAUCGCACUCUCUGGGGCAUAGAACGCAUUCCUAUACCCUGCACGCAAACAGUCAUCAUAAGCCUGUUUACGUUGCUGGAGGAUCUCGGAGAUCGCCAGAGCUCGAGCGCAUUUGUCGACCUGUGCGUUACAGCCCGCGCACUCUCCCGGGUCUGGCCGUUGUUCACGGCUAUGUUCCGGUCAGUCGAGCUGAGUGCGAUUCAGAUGGGUGUGGACCUCCCGCAGGAGGCACGGGAGGUCUUUGAAGACUUUGAGAGCAAAAUGUGGAAGGCGCGGGAUCAUUGA